GAAAUAAAUCGUUCACCUGAGCGGGUCGCGCCAAGGAUCGACGGCGAUCUCUCGGCAGUGUCUCGGCCGAUCUCGCACCGAUCGCACCAUCACGUCCGGAUAGCAGAUCGCCAACACAUCGUUCGUGCACACACACACACACACACACACACACACUCACAAGCGUGCAUUUACAUACGGUGUUUGAUAUCGCAUCGAUUUUCUUCAACAUCUUCCUUCCUUAUUUUUCUGUCUCUCCCUCUUCUCUUCGUUCAAUCAAUCGGCCACUCUUAUCCGGCCUUCUCCCCCUCCUCUCUCUUUCUCUCUCUUCUCCUUGAUCCUCUUCCUCUCCUCAUCAGCAUCCCUGUACAUACUGUUCCCACCUCCUGGAUGCCUCUUCCCUGCCAAAGUGCAACAUUACCGCCGAUCGUUCCCACGAUCACUGUCGCGGCCACCGGCGAUCGAGGAGGCAGUAGCGGCACUCGUUGUCACGUGCUGGAAUCUCGGAUUCGGAGGUGGAUCGAUCGAUCGUGGACGUGAAGGAUCUACUACUGGAUGGGACAUGUCUUAGAGCGAGACGUUUCUUCGAAACUACGGCGACGAAGUAAAGAAGAGGAGAAGAGUAGGAGCCUGACGGAGCCAACAUCUCCAUAAUAACCGGCACACUUUUAACUCCAGCUCUGCGAGAGGAGGACCGACUUUCUCCGAGUCAAGUUGUGAGCGCCAGCAGCUCUUCGAGGUCGCCGCUGAGAAAACGCGACGGGGACAAUAAACGCGUGGAAUCCAAACGUGCCGCGCCGCGCUCGAAUGACAUUUCGAACGGAUCCCCUUUCGAAGAAAUUCCCGUGUAUUCUGUGCAUAACGCAGCCUUCCCGGGGAUAUAUCCGAGGACGAGAGACAUCGGCGAAAGGGAGGCAGUGACGAACGGGGGAUUUGCAUUCUCGCGGCCUCUUAUCUCGACGCUCGGGUGUGCCGUGUGAUAUCGGGGUGAACGCUCUUUUCGAUCAACACCGCUCACAAUGAGGGUGCAUCGCGGAAUCUGCGCUAAACUGCAGGGCGGCUUUCUUAGACGAUGGUGGGCGGCCGUUGCGAUCGGAGCUAUGCUGAUAAUCCUGGCGGCCGUUUUGGCGGUACUAUUUCCGAGUAUCAUCGAUUUCGUCCUCGAUAAAGAGCUCGCGAUACAAGAGGGCGGUCGUACGUACAAGUUUUGGAAGGAACCGCCGGUGGUACCGCGCAUGCAGAUCUACAUCUAUAACGUGACGAACGCUGACGAAUUUCUGAAUAACGGCGAGAAACCGGUGCUGCAGGAAUUGGGCCCGUACGUUUAUUUGCAACACUGGGAAAAAGUCGACAUUAAAUUCAACGACAAUGGCACUGUUAGCUAUAAAGUCAAGAAAACAUUUACCUUCGACGAGGAACUAUCGGCCGGUUGUCACGAAGAUCUCGUAGUCGUGCCAAAUGUUCCCAUGCUGUCGGCUACCAGUCAAUCGAAACACGCUGCUCGUUUUCUACGGCUCGCGAUGGCGUCCAUCAUGGACAUCCUCAAGAUUAAGCCGUUCGUCGAGGUGUCGGUCGAGCAACUGCUCUGGGGUUACGAGGAUCCCCUGCUGAAACUGGCCAAAGACGUCGUGCCCAAGGAGCAGAAGCUGCCGUACGAUCAGUUCGGUCUGCUCUACGGCAAGAACUCCACCAUGCCGGAUCUCUACACGAUAUUCACGGGCGCCAACGAUAUCACGAAAUUCGGAAUGAUGGACAGAUGGAACGGCAAGGACGGCCUCGGCUUCUGGACCACGCCAGAAUGCGAUUCCGUCAUGGGCACCGAUGGCAGUAUCUUCCCGCCCCACAUCACCAAGGAGACCGUGCUCAAGGUCUUCGACAAGGAUCUCUGCAGGACGUUGCCACUGGUUUUUCAGCGUGAAGUAAUAGCCGCCGGAGGAAUUCCCGGUUAUAGAUUUUCUCCCCCGACAAAUGUCUUCACCUCAGAAGAGAAUUUACCGUCGCAGAAAUGUUACUGUCCAGCUGGACCACCUUGUGCACCAGAAGGCACAUUUAACGUUUCCCAGUGCCAGUACGACUCGCCAGUUCUUCUCACAUUCCCGCAUUUCUAUCUUGCCGAUCCGGCUUUACGAGAGGCUGUGACGGGCAUAUCGCCACCAGAAGCCGAAAAACAUCAGCUCUACAUUGAUGUGCAGCCGAUAAUGGGCACGGCUAUGAAAGCACGAGCGAGGAUACAAAUCAAUCUCGCGGUUAGCCAGGUGCGAGAUAUCAAACAGGUCGCUUCGUUCCCCGACAUCGUUUUUCCCAUUAUGUGGUUCGAAGAUUGCGUCGACGAGCUACCUCAGGAGAUGCGCACCUUGCUGAAAUUGGUGGUGGACCUGCCUCCGGUGGCCCACGCCGCGGUUUCCGGCGCCCUCGCCGCCAUCGGGGCGAUCGUCCUCCUCGGGGCAUUCAUGUGCUUGGCACGUGCCGCCAAACGUCAGGAGAAGCUGCAUCUCAGCAGUCCGUUGCCGGCGAACGCGACCAGCACCAAGACUGGCCAGCUGAAUCUAGCCUUCAGCAAGUAAAAGGAAAAAAUUUAAAGCGGUGUGAAAUUUAAAAUGGAUCGUGAUUGUGGGGAAAUCGACGAGUGCUUCGAGUCUCAUCCGGCGACGAGAAACGCGCGAGGACUUGUAGGAUAAUAUCGCUUAUCUUAUUGUAAGGCGAUGGGCAUGUGUGUCUUAUAUCUCUCGAUUAGGAUUGUUACGAGCGAAUUUUUCGAAGAGAGAGAGAGAGAGAGAGAGAGAGCGACGCGAAUUUUAUCGGCCCUUCCCCGCGCGCACGUCCAUGUGUUAGAUUAUUUAUAUUACGUUACUCGCGUGUGCUUCUCUUCUUUUCCCUCCCUUUUCGGGAGCGUAUUUUGACAGACGGAUGAGUCGCGGAUAAGUACAAAUAAAUUCGAGAUUUGUGGAGCAAGCGCUUCAGUAUUACGUACGUAAUUUUACGAAAUUCAGACAAAUCAAUGAUAUUUUUCUGUAAAAGAACGAACGAACUCUUCGAAGAUUUAUUUAUCGAGAAAAAUAUUUUGCAAAUAAAUAAUAUUUAAUAUUAAAAAAUUUAGAAUCAAUAUUCUUUUACGGAAAAUCUAUAUUUAUCGCAUUUUAAAGAAAUUCUUAAAUUUCAUAACGAACAAAAUGACACCUUUGUUAAAUUAAAAAUUUAGUUGAAAUGGAAGAGAAAGAAAGAUUUUCUUACACGUCAGUUUGUAAUUUACCAAAAUCCUUUUAUUCUAUAAAUCUUAAGCUAAGGGAAAAAAAGGUACGAUCUUUCCGUAGAUUAUCUACGACGCUUCUCGGUGCAAUAUUUUCUCUUCACAGCAUGAAAAUGAAAAACUAGAGUUAUGUCAUUCUUCCGAGGAACUUGACGAUUGAAAUUUACGAUGACAUUUAUUUAUAACAUGCCGUAAUUGUUAAUAUUGAGCGGCUUUCCUUGUUCCAGAAUCGAAAAAACAAAUUACAAGAUUUUAAAUAGUCGUCUAAUCGCGCUAGACGGUACGUAUAAUUAUCGCUGUGAAUUAUUGAUAUUAUUAUCGAAGAUGAAAUUGAUAUUCCGUCCAUGAAGCGUCCCGAGGCCAAGCUACGUUCGCGACUCUUUAAUCGGGAAUACGGGAUUGUUUUCGCGAGUGUUUUUUUGCGACGAAGGAAUGUACAGGGUGUACCGUAAAGACAGGAUCGACGCUUAAGGAUAGAUUCCUGAGUUUAUUUUAUGAUGAUUUUUCGUCAGCAAAAAUAUUGAGGCAUCAAUCAUUUCUUUCUAAAGAUUCAAAAAGGAAGGCUUUUUGCAAACCAAACUUUGUAGAGAGUCAAAACUACAUUCUCCUUAGUUAAUUUCAGAUAGUAUUUACUUUAAUAGAGUGAAAAAAUUGGAAACUUGCAAGAAAUAAUGACGUUUUUGCUUAGGAAAACUUAUCUUAAAAUGAUCUCAAAAAUUUACCCUUAAGCGCUGUGCUCCGGUCUUCACGGUACACCCUGUAUGUGCAAAAUCGAGACAUAUCAAUAGCAGGACAGAAAUUUUUUUCUGUACAUAGAACUUGGCCGAUCGUUAUCGUUUACUAUAAUUAUAAUUAUCAAGAAUGUACUAUUUCUCGUUAUUUUCGUUUGUACAUGUAUUACUAUUAUUUUAUUAUUAUAUAUUAUUAUUAUAAAUAAUAUUAUUCGACGUAGAUAUAAAUACAUUAUGAUUAGGUCUAAUAAAGAAAUUACUUUUGUACAAUAGAAAUCAAAAGAUGCCAAAUGAAUUGUGUGCGAGAAUAAUUAAUCAGGUUAUUGGUAUCAUUGUAAUCAUUAAAUGGUUGUAUUCUUUCCAUAUGUAUUUUACUAACUCGCAAAUCGCGCGUAUAAACUCUGUGAAAAUAAAAUAGAGUAUCAAGAAAAAUGAACAUUUUUAUUUAAAUUCCUGAAAGAAAGAGGGAGAGACAGAGAGAGAGAGAGAGGGAGCUUCUACUCUUAUCUACUUGUACUUUUUAUUCACACAUGUAUGUAUUCCCCUUCUCUCCUUCGUUCUGCGAAUUUAAAUGAAAAUUUCUCGAGCUUCCGUUCUUCCUGCGACGAAAGGACGGAAUUAAGAAUGCAAAUGCAACGGGUGAGGAAAAUAUACGAUAGAAUUAAUUUUAUAGUGGUGUUCGUGAUUAUUUACGUUGCCACACCAACACGCGUACAUCAUAAGCUGACAUAAGCGACACGCAGAUGUUAUUGCGCGUUAUAAUAAAUAUUAUAACGCGCUGCCGCCGACGAUGAUCGACAGCUCGUGUUUUUACGCGUGUAACGCGCGUGUCUUAUAAAGGUGGAGAUAGCUUCUUUUUUUUGCGAAAACAAGUUUUUUUAUUUCGAAGGAAUUGAACAUUCAUUUCGCUUCUCGGAAGCGACGUCGUUACACGAACUGUCGGCAUAUUAAUGGAUACAGGAUCCGUUCACGGACGAAUUAUAUUCAAUAAAUCAAGCGAUUUGAAUUUAAUUUGCGAUCGCAGAAAUAAAUAAUUUCCGAAACUGAAAAUCGACGUUACCAAUACGGAGAUGACUGCAGAAAAUAAAGAUUCGUACUAAAUAAA